CCUCUCGCCCAACUUGAUCUCUUCAAGUCGUGCCACUCUCUCAUACUCGAGACGCUCUCUGCUGGAUGACCGUGUCUUGUGCGAGAGCUUAACCAUCUCCGCCUUCCCGUCCUCGUCCCGAACAAGACUCCGGCCGACCCGAACACCCCUCGUUGCAAAUUCACGCCCAUACCUCACUGACGCCAUCCGCGCCCAUCAAGCUCGCAAGAUGUCUCCUCAGCUCGACAGUUAUUUCCAGAAGGUUGACGCAUUGUCCGACUCGUUUAUUGAGCGCCUGCGCCAGGCCGUCGCCAUCCCCUCCGUCUCGUCGGAAGCCGCCCGCCGCCCCGAUGUCGUUCGCAUGGGCCACUUCCUGGCCGACGAGCUGACCAAGCUCGGCGCCUCGGUCGAGCUGCGGCCCUUGGGCAAGCAGCACGGCACUGAUCUCGACCUGCCACCUGUCGUGCUGGCGCGGUAUGGCAACGAUAAGAACAAGCGGACCAUUCUCGUUUACGGGCACUACGACGUACAGCCGGCCGAAAAGAGCGACGGCUGGGACACGGAGCCGUUCGAGCUGACCAUCAAGGAGGAUGGGCGCAUGUGCGGCCGUGGUUCGACCGACGACAAGGGCCCCGUUCUCGGCUGGCUCAAUGCCAUCGAAGCCCACCAGGCUGCCGGUAUCGACUUCCCUGUCAACCUGCUCAUGUGCUUUGAGGGUAUGGAGGAGUACGGGUCGGACGGCCUCGACGACCUCGUCAACGCCGAGGGCAAGAAAUUUUUUGCCGAUGCCGAUGCCGUCUGCAUCAGCGACAACUACUGGCUCGGCACCGAGAAGCCGUGUUUGACAUACGGGCUGCGCGGGUGCAACUACUACAGCAUCGAGGUCUGGGGACCGGGCGCCGACCUCCACAGCGGCGUCUUUGGCGGCACUGCCCAGGAACCCAUGACGGAUUUAGUGCGCAUCAUGGCCUCGCUCGUCGACACCAACGGAAAGAUCCUGAUUCCGGGCAUCGCCGAGCAGGUGGCCCCUGUCACGGCUGAGGAGGAGGGUCUGUACGACGACAUCGCCUUCACUAUGGACACGCUCCACGACUCUCUUGGGAGCAAGACGACCAUCUUUGAAGACAAGAAGCGCACGUUGAUGGCCCGGUGGCGGUUCCCCUCGCUCUCGCUGCACGGCAUUGAAGGUGCCUUCUCUGCGCCUGGCGCCAAAACAGUCAUCCCUGCCAAGGUCAUUGGCAAGUUCUCGAUCCGGACGGUGCCCGACAUGGACAUCGACAAGACCAACGAGGUCGUCUGCCGGUACGUCGAGGAGGUCCACAAGAAGUUGGGUUCCAAGAACAGUUUGAAGGUGUACCCCCAGCACUGCGGCAAGUGGUGGGUUGCCAGCCCCAACCACUGGAACUUUUCGGCCGCGGCCAAGGCGACGGAGCGCGUCUGGGGCGUCAAGCCCGACUUCACCCGCGAGGGCGGCAGCAUUCCCAUCACGCUCACCUUUGAGCAGGCGACGGGCAAGAACGUGCUGCUCCUGCCGAUGGGCAGCUCUACUGACGGCGCCCACUCGAUCAACGAGAAGCUGGACAAGCGGAACUACAUUGAGGGCAUCAAGCUGCUGGGCGCGUAUCUGCACUACGUUGCUGAGGAGCCCAUGAAUUAGGUGUGCCAGUAGACGGGUAUAUGGAGUGGCUGUAUAUUUGGAGAGCGGCCCGGAUUUACCCUGUACCAAUUGUAAACGAGACCAGCCUCGUCCAUCUCACCUGUGUAAGGUAUGGAUCGGGUAUCAGCUUCAAGACCAUAUGCGCCCAUGUCAAAGAGUGUAUUGGAGAUCCCUGACUCGGGGUUAUCCCAUUAAAUCUCCGUUCCCGUGCCCGGUCUGCAACCAUUGUUAUCCCUGGCCAUCGAUGUUUCCUCUGCCGUCCAUUAUCCCAGUUUGAUGCUGCCCCCAAUUGUGUCCCAAACGCCGCCUGUAAUGGAGAGAAACCCGUUAUAGU